AUGGCUUAUUAUAACCGUUUUCAGCUGCCGAACACUUUAUUACGUUACCCAAAAAUAAAAUUACCUACUUUUGACGGUAGUGUACGAAAUUGGCUAUACUUUUGGGGUCAGUUUCAAAAAAUUGAUGAGGACAUUAAUAUCGAUUUUCACGAUAAAUCUUCGUAUUUAUCUCAAGUAAUAGAAAAAGGCAGUCCUGCUGAAGAAUUAAUUAAGAUCUAUCCCCCAGGGGGUAAUAGUUACGAAAAAGCUUUGAAACAGCUGAAAAUGCGUUUCGGCAGAGAGGAACUAUUGAUUCAGGUAUAUUUCAGAGACUUAUUAGUAUUAGUUCUUCAAAAACAGAACACUUCUAAAAAUUCAUUAAGAAAAUUGUUCGAUCAACUUGAGAGUAAACUGCGAUCACUUGAAUUAUUAGGUGUUACUAGGGAAAAAUAUGCUGCAAUGCUUUUUCCACUAGUUGAAUCAUCAUUACCCGAAGAAACUCUUGUUGCUUGGCAGCGCUAUAGAUCUGCUCAUCGUAGAAUUCGAGAAGUGAAUUUAGAUGAUUCAGACGAAAGUAAAACUAUAAUUGAGAAAAGUGAUUUAGAAUGCAUUUUAGAAAUUUUACAAGCCGAAUUCGAAGCUGAAGAACGCAUUUUUUUUAGCCUCUCAAAGUUUCAACACAUCGAAACCAAAAGCAGAAGUAAAACAUAA